UAAAUUCAGCGGAUUGUAUAAGGUGACACGACUGAUUGUAUUCAAAAAACAUAAGAGAAGAAUUUCCUUUAAUGAGGAUUGAUUCCAUGGGAAAAUUUUUGUCGCACUCAAAUCACAAUUUGACAAUUUGAGGAAUAUGAUAAUAACAACCACAGAGUAGGUAUUAGAAAAAACUUAAGUGAUCAAGUGAGAGUGUAAUCAUGUUUAGUGAAAGAUGUAUACAAUAAUUAUCGAUACCCCUUGAAUCAACAAGGCGCUGACUACUGCCCCUGCGCAGACUGAGUUGUUGCCAACAUUUGGACCUCGAAAAAGUGGAAUUCCUUGAAUUUCAAAUAAUAUGAAGACUUAUCUACCACAUUUUACCACUGGAAUGGUUGUGAAGGGUUUUGGUAGGGGUUCAAAGCAAUUAGGUAUCCCAACAGCAAAUUUUCCUGAAGAGGUCGUCAAUAAUCUUCCCGAAGAAAUGGAGACAGGGGUGUACUACGGAUUUUCCCAAGUCGACGAUGGUCCAGUUUAUAAAAUGGUCAUGAGUAUUGGUUGGAAUCCCUAUUAUAAAAACGAAAAGAAAUCAAUGGAAACUCAUAUAUUGCACAAAUUCGAAGAAGAUUUUUAUGGCAGAUUAUUAAAAGUUGUUGUAUUAGAUUACGUAAGGCCGGAAAUGAAUUUUAAUUCGUUAGAUGAUCUGAUUGAUACCAUAAAAUCCGACAUUUCAAUAGCUGAAAAGAAUUUAGAUAAGCCAGAGUUCGUAGGGUUUCAAAAGCACGAAUUUUUUAGUUGAGAUAAUUGAUGUAGGUGUGAUAUGAUAAUAUUACAGUACAAUAGAUACAAAACAAUUAUAAUUUGUCCAUAGAAAGUCAAGAAUAAAAAAAAUAUCAAAUAUCCUUCCAUACGUAAAUUAUUUUAUGUACUUUUCGGUUAUUCUUUCACAUUUCCAGUCAGAAUCGAGGACUCUGGACUAUAGAUUAAUAAAAAUUCGAUAUAAAAUUAGUACCCUACGAAAAGCGGAUGUUAAGAUGUUUCGUUAUCACUAAUAUUUUACUUUUUCUAUGAAUCAUUUAUGACACUUUUUUAUUACAAUAUAUAAUUUGUGUAGUUUAUAAUUAUGUUAUAUAAUCUCAGUCUAUUAUUAUUAUUGAAAUAUGUUCAUAACAUAUUAUAAAGAAAGUAGUGAAAGGGAUUAUGAAUUUUAUAUUGAAACCUUUAGUUUACAUACACUAUGCAUUUAACUCGACUUAAUAUAACUUGAUGGAGAUUAUUAUACACUAACCGACUUCAAAAUAUAAUUUCAACGAAG